GUCUAGUGUGUUUUGUUUUCUGAAUACAUUCUCAUGUUUUCCUGAUCCAGCUUGGUGGGGCUGAGAUUACCUUCUUUUUGUCAGAAUUCAUUCUCCCACCAUCAAAAAUCAAAUAUAUAAACCCAUAAAUUAUUAGUACUUCAAUACACAUUCUUCCUUUUUUCCAUUUUACCAAGCUCACUUUCAACACAAAAAGAACCCAUCUUUUCCUUUAUAAUUGUUUAACUGGUUGCUUUUAGCUAGUAGAUGAAGCCAAUCAUGGCUAAAACCCCUCAAGACUCACUCUCUUCCUCCCGCAGAUACUUCCACUGGACAAACAAAGCCUCCCAAGACGAAGACACCGAAAUGGAAGAAAUCUUGAAUUUCACCCACAAAUCCAAAUCCAAACCCAAAUCAGAAAACCCCAAGAUUUUCCCAAUUCACCAAUCCCCACCCACCGCCACCGCCACCGCCGCGAGAGCGAAUUACCGGAAAAGGGUAUCAGUCAAGCUGCGGGCCGCCCUCGCAUUCGGCCGGGCCCGGACGCCGUUUUUCGUGGGAACCCUCUUCGGGCAGCGGCGCGGCCACGUCCGGUUCGCGUUCCAGGCGGAUUUCAAGGCGGCGCCGGCGUUCCUGGUGGAGCUGGCGACGCCGACGAGCGCGCUGGUGAAGGAGAUGUCGUCGGGCCUGGUGAGGAUCGCGCUGGAGUGCGAGAAGCGGCAGCAGCAGGAGAAGAAGCUGCUUCUGGAAGAGCCCCUCUGGCGCACCGACUGCAACGGCAAGAAGUGCGGCUACGCCAUGCGCCGCGACUGCGGGCCCGACGACUGGAAGCUGCUCAACGCCGUCGGCCCGGUCUCCAUGGGCGCCGGCGUGCUCCCCGGCGACGGCGAGGUCAUGUACAUGAGAGCCAAAUUCGAGAGGGUCGUCGGCUCCAGAGACUCUGAAGCUUUCUACAUGAUGAAUCCGGAUAGAAAUGGAGGCCCUGAGCUCAGCAUUUAUUUACUCAGAGUUUGAGCAUUUUCUUACCAAUAUGUAAUGCCAUUUUAGUUUUAUUUUACUUUGUUUAAACAUAGUGACGAAUGGAGUGGUGAGAUUGGUAUAGUUAAGUUGUGAAUAUGUUGCUGUUUUUUGUCAAUGGAAGAAGAAGCCAUGACCGAUUUCUAGUUUUU